GUCGGAAGUAGUCGGUAGCCAGUCGAGUAGGACGAAGCCCACUGUGCACUGUUACGACGACUUCCAGUAGCAGCCCUUUGUGACACCAUGUCGACGAGUUUGUUGGGGGCAACACUGCCCGUCACGCAAUGUCCAGAUCCGUUCAUGGGAGGACCUCAGGUCACGGAUGUCUGUUCCGCGAGCGAGGGCAGUUUGUUUCUAUCGCUCCUCAACGUCCUCCUAGUCGCGAACCCGUAUAUCGGAGAUCCAUGCGGACGUGUCACGCCGAUCAAGGAGCCGGACCCUAGUUACGAUUUCAUCGUCGUCGGCGCUGGUGCUGCUGGAUCGGUAGUUGCCGCGAGACUGAGCGAAAUCGACGAUUGGAACGUUCUCCUCGUGGAAGCAGGUCCGGACGAACCAGCCGGGGCUGAAAUACCGAGUAACCUACAACUUUAUCUCGGUGGCCCGUUGGACUGGCAAUACAAAACGUCGAACGAGUCCACUGCCUGCCUGAGUCAGAAUGGAAGGUGCGCCUGGCCCCGAGGUAAGAAUCUCGGAGGAACGACGCUUCACCACGGUAUGGCGUAUCAUCGAGGUCAUCCCAAGGAUUACGACAGAUGGGUAGAACAUGGAGCCGAAGGAUGGUCUUGGGACGAAGUAUUGCCAUACUAUCUGAAAUCGGAGAAUAACACGGAAAUCGGCAGGGUUAGUGCCAAGCAUCACGCUACUGGAGGACCCAUGAACGUGGAAAGGUUGCCCUAUCAGCCUCCUUUCGCUUGGGACAUUUUGAACGCAGCGGACGAGGCAGGUUUCGGUGUUUCCGAAGAUUUAGCUGGGGACAAGAUCACUGGCUUCACGGUAGCUCAAACCAUUAGUAAAAAGGGCGUGCGAACCACCAGUUUCAGGUCGUUCGUUCAACCAGCCAAGGACCGUAAGAAUCUUCACGUAGUCGUGAACGCCUUGGUCACGAAAGUGAACUUCAUAGGCAAUCGUGCCGUUGGCGUCAGCUUGUUGAUGAAUGGAGAGAAGAUACAAGUGAAGGCAAAGCGUGAGGUGGUGUUAUCAGCGGGCACGAUAAACUCACCGCAUCUGCUACUCUUGUCUGGAGUCGGACCCAAGAAACAUCUAAAAUCCAAGAACGUUCCCGUGGUCGUCGAUCUACCAGGCGUCGGCGAAAAUCUUCAUAAUCACCAAUCGUUCGGUCUAGAUUUCUUCCUGAAGGAAGGUUAUUAUCCGGUAUUCAACGAAAGCAGCGCAGAGCAGUACAUUGAGAAUCAAACUGGAGCGUUCGCUGGUACCGGUUUGGCUCAAGUUACCGGUGUGAUGCCAUCCAAUCUCACUACUCCGGAUGAUCCGGAUAUCCAGAUAUUCUUUGCCGGCUAUCAAGCAAUUUGCACCCCCAAAUCAAACAUCGCAGACUUGUCGUCGGAUGGUAAGAGCAUGGCCGUGAGAUUCACAUCGGUGAAUUUGCGUCCAACGAGCAGAGGCCGCAUCACGCUGAACAGCAACAAUCCACUGGACCCACCGGUAAUUUGGAGUAACGACAUGUCCACUAAACACGAUCGCAGCGUCGUAGUUCAAGGACUCGGCAUCAUCUUGAAACUUGCCGAUACCCCGACGAUGAAACGCCUAGGCUUGAGGCAACAGAACAAAGUUAUACCUCAAUGCGCCCAUCACAAGUUUGGCAGCGACGAUUAUUUUGACUGCGCUGUUCGUUGGGACACGAGACCCGAGAACCAUCAAACCGGCAGCUGCAGAAUAGGCCAGCGUUCGGAUCCAAUGGCAGUGGUGGACCCACGACUGAAAGUACACGGUAUCAAAGGCCUGAGAGUAGCCGAUGCGUCUGUUCAGCCCAACGUGGUUUCGGGUAAUCCCGUUGCCUCUGUCAACAUGGUUGGCGAAAGAGCUGCAGACUUCAUCAAGCAAGAUUGGGGAAAACAGACUAGCUAGAAGCGAGUACUACAGGCGAUGGAAACGGAUAUUGUGACGAACUUGUUAAUAGAACGCAAUAAAAUCUAUUCGAAUAGA